AUGGCGCCCGCAUCUCCCGCCGCGGCCGCCACUGGCCAGGCAAACGACGACAGCACAGGCGACCGACAACCCUCGACCACCGUCCCAGACCCGCAGUCGGACGUCUCGGGCUUCCUCCUCUCGCUCCAGUCGGCCCUACAGCCUCUGACCCAGAGCGCAGCCCUCCUGCCAAACCACGCAGACAUCGCCUUCCACAAGUCCAUCGACCGCAAGCUCGCCCCCAGGCUCGAUCAAGAGGCCGACCGCAUCCUCGACUCCAUCUCGGCCAUCUCGUCCUGGAUCGCAAGCCACCCGCAGGCUCCAAAGCCCCCUCGCUUCCUCGACAACAGACCAUCUGCAUCCUCCUCCUCGUCGUCGUCUUCGUCGUCGUCGUCUUCGUCGGCUGCUUUCCGGUCCAAGGCCGCCUUCCGCUUCCAGCCCGACCAGCUCGCCGCAGAGGGCUUCCCGCGCGCCAUUGGCGACCUCGUCGACCACCUCCUCGAAAACGCAGACACCUGCCUCGACGAGUACACGGGCAAGGUGGCACCGCGCACCUCCAAGCACAGCAACAUCGCCUCGUCGUCGGCAGCCGCCUCUCGCUUCACCAUCGGCGCCCUGCCAAAGUCCGGGCCCCUCCCCUCCAAGAUCCUAAACGCCCCCAUCGUGCCGCCCCAGCGCUCCUUUUCCACCCGCCCCGACAACCGCGCCGGCGUGCCCUGGAGCCGACCGCUCAAGCUGGGCAAGCCCCACGCCCAGGUGCCCCUCGGAUGGACGCCGCCCGCCGAAGACGGCGGCGAGCAGCGCGUCCGCGGCGGCAUCCGCCGCGGCAUGUACUGCGCCGAGGGCGACCCGCUCGACAACCCCUACCACUACGAGAUCAUGCGCGCCUCGCCCCCGGACUUUGUCUACCACAAGCCCGAGUCGGUCACGCCGCCGCCGCCCCUCAACCCAGACGACCCGGCCCAGUCGACGCCCGAGAGCCCCUACGUCUGGGUCGACACGGCCGACAAGCUGCAGGCGCUCCUCGACCACCUCGUCGAGGACCGCGUGCGCGAGAUUGCCAUCGACCUCGAGCACCACAACUACCGCACCUACCAGGGCAUCGUCUGCCUGAUGCAGCUCAGCACCCGCUGGGGCGACUGGAUCGUCGACACCCUCUCCAACGAGAUCCGCGAGCACUCCGAGACCCUCAACCGCGCCUUUGCCGACCCGCGCAAGGUCAAGGUGCUCCACGGCGCCAACCACGACGUCCUCUGGCUGCAGCGCGACCUCGGCCUCUACCUCGUCAACCUCUUUGACACCUACCACGCCACCAACAUCCUCAACUUUGCCGGCCACGGCCUCGCCUACCUCAUGCAGCGCUACUGCAACUUUGACGCCGACAAGCGCUACCAGCUCGCCGACUGGCGCAUCCGCCCGCUGCCCCGCGAGAUGCUCUACUACGCCCGCUCCGACACCCACUCGCUCCUCUACAUCUACGACUCGCUGCGCGUCGAGAUGCUCGAGUCGCCCCCGGGAGGCGGCGCCGGCACCAGCGGCGGGCCCGCCGCCAUCCGCGAGGUGUUUGAGCUGAGCAAGGCCGUCGCCACCGCCGUCUACGCAAAGGAGGACUGGGACGAGGAGGGCGAGGGCCGCGACGGCUGGCGCGCCCUGUGGCGCAAGUGGGGCCGCGAGGCCGCCGAGGGCAGCGAGAACCGGCGCCGCCCCGAGGACAUGCACAAGGAGGAGCGCCUCGUCCGCCGCCUCCACCAGUGGCGCGACCAGGUCGAGGCGUGGGAGCGCGACGUCAAGCGCAAGGAGAAGCGCAUCGCCCAGGGGCUCGAGGGCGCCCAGGACGGCGGCGACGCCGGCGACGUCGGCGAGGCCAUCGCGCGGCCGGCCAAGACGGCAGACGGCGAGGUGCCGAUGGCCGUCGAUGCCGUCGACACCGUCAUCGACAGGCACGCGCCCAUCUCCGCCAUCUCGGCCGCAGCGGCAGCCGACGUCGACGGCGGCGUCAAUGCAGCGCUGUGGUCGGCCUCGUCGACGGCGCCGCCAGCGUUAUCGGCAUCCGCGGCGACGGCAUCGAUCCCUGCUGCGACGGACGGAGCUGCGGCGUCACACACGCGCAGCCUCACCUCGUGUCUAUUUGGCGCGCCGGGGUCGUCGACAUCGAACGGUGGAGCGGGCAGCAGCGGCAGCAAUGCGGGUCCCAGGCCCCUGACGGCCCUGUCGCUGGGACCUUCAUCGGGCGUGCCCUCGCUGUUUUCCCUCCCCGCUCCCGCUCCCGCUCCUGCGGCGUCGGCGUCGACCUCGAGCGCAAACGGCGCGGCAUCGGCGCUGGUGGCGAGCAUCACGUCGCAGUUUGCCGCCGACGUCGCGCCCGUGCUGGGCAACCGCGGCGGGCACGGCGACGAUGCGGCGGUUGAUUAUGACGACGACGGCGACGAGAAGCUGGCCGAUCCCGAGACGGUCCCCUUUGUGCCGCGCUCGCAGCGGCAAGCAUCUUCCACGGCCGCGCAGCAGCAGCAGCAGCAGGAAGAGGAGAUCAAACUGGGCCAGAAUGGCGGCGAUGGCGACGGUGACGACGACGAGGAAGAGGACGAGGUGGUGGACGUCAAGGCGGGCGGCAAGAAGCGCAAGAGCAAGCCGCGCUGGUCCAAGGAGCAGAAACGGGCUCGCCAGCAGGGAUCGCAGGGGGACGGCAGCGAUGCCGUCGCUGCUGUCGACAACGACGGUGACGCCGAUGGUGGCGAAGCAGGAUCGCCGCCCAGCAAGAAAAAGGCCAGGACCGACGACGACGCAGCAUUGCCACCGGUGAGCGGUGGCGGCCGGGGAGGCAAAGCGAGAGUCAAGACGACUUCGGAGUUCGACUUUUCCGGCUCGGCCGCGCUGCUCGAGUCGUCUAGCCGGGCAGCAGAGGACAAGAAGAAAAAGAAGGCCGGCAAAAAGUCGUCGUCGAAGGCUGCUGGUGGUGCUGGUGCUGGUGGUGGUAAGGAUGGGGGGCAACGAGGGAACGAGGAAGAGGGGAUGUUCCGACAGCCCAAGAAGAAGAAUGAGAUUCGGGGCGGGAGUAGGAGCGGCACGUUUGCCGGCGCGGGCGCGUACCGGUAG